AUGGCAUGGAACUUGCGCACGGUGAUGAUUUUCAGUGACUUCGCCACCCUCCUGGGCGCCGCCUUCUACCCCAUCUAUUUCUGGCCCCUGAUGCGGACCAAGGAGUACAAGCUGGAACAAGCCAUAAAUCGAGCUGGUAUUGUCCAAGCAGAUGUACAGCCACCAGGAUUAAAAGUGUGGUCGGAUCCUUUUGGAAAGAAAUGAAGAGACUUCUGUCUGAUUCGAAUGGGAAAACAAACUUCUACAUAUCCUCUGUUCUGCAACAAAUAGAGAUCAUCUUUGUGGAGUGAUAACUGGAGAAGA